AUCCAAGAUUCCAUGCAUAUAUCCCCUUUCUCUCCUUUUGGUUAAUUUGUUGGCUAAGUAUUUGGUGUCUCAUCAAAUUUGAGAUUUUGCAGUAAUGGCAUCUCCUUGUGAAAACUGUUGCGGUCCUUUGGAUCCUAAGAAGGCGAUUCGAGAUGAGCUGAUGAGAGGAAGACUUGCUGCUGCUUUGCUUGGAAACAAGCUAAAAGACACGGAGAUAGCCCACUUUGUUGAUCAAAUCGUGGGCUCGUUGUCAAAGAGUCUUGCUCUUUUGGAUGCUGCGAAUGUUGUUGCAGUUGGCUCGUCGAGCUCUGAUGUGAGAGAGGAUCAGAAUUCUGCUGGAAAAGUGGAGAUUGAGAAUUUGGCAGAGGACUGCAAGAGAGGGAAACAUGGAAAGAGAAUAGUGUUGUCUCCGUGUAGACAAGUGAAAUCAAGGAGUAAAGAUGAUGGAUACAAAUGGAACAAAUAUGGGGAGAAAGCAAUCAAAGGCUUUACACAUAGAAGGAGCUAUUUCUGUUGCUCACACAAAGGAGAUCCAGGCUGCAAUGCAAAAAGGCACGUCCAAAUAGCAGAAGAUGAUAAUUCUAUGUUUAUAAUCACUUAUAUUGGCCAACACACAUGCAAACGGGAUGCUACUGAUCAAGGCCAAAGCUCUCAUUGUGGUCUUAAAAAUCAAUCCAUGAUUAGCUUUGAAUCAAGUGAUUAUAACAUUAAUGUUGCUCAAAACUCCCCUAUAUUAACCUCAGGAAUUCUCAGUGAUAUGAAACCGGAUAGUCCAAUGUCCGAAAAUACUAUGAUGAACCCAAAUCCUGAAAUUGAUGAAGGGUUUAUGCUCAAUAUGGGAAUGGCUUCAGAUUAUUAUGGAGAUCUCGACUUAGAUCCCUUGGAGUAUGUGGAUGAAGUUCCCCCUCUUUCAAAUGAUUAUGAUGAUGAAAUGUUUAGUUUUGAUGAGGAUGAAUUCUUUCUCUUCGGAAAUUGAUGAACUAAGAUUUCAUAUUCUUUUAACUGGGGGUCGCUUGUAUAUAUAGAGCUUGGUUUUAUCUUUCACUAUGUUCUGCUUUUUUGUUAGAGAAGGCGCUGAGCCUGAAAUUCAAUAUGUUGUGUUAUUGUACAUUUUUUAUAUUAAUAAAUUUUGGAGUCACUGGCUCUCAAACAUGUAAGCAAGUUUUGUAUAUCAUAAAGAGUUGUGAUGU